CCAUCGCUUUAGCACAGACUGCGCGACACACUCGCGAGCGGCGCGCGCGCAUUACCCCGACACGAACGACUCUCGCGACGGUAUACAUUACAUGGCAAAGCGUUAAUAUUAUGUGAUAAAGUUUAUUUUUUAAUUUAAAAUAUUUAAUCGUUACAAUUUUAAGAAUCUCGUAUUUUAAGAAGAGUUUUAUUAUAGUUUUUAACCGUGCGAUACAGUGCUAAACAAAAUGACUAUAAAGAAUAAAAAGACUAAACAAUCAAAAGCGUCCGAAGUGACCUCAUCGAGCAGUGCUUCGAGCAGUGUCCAAAAGAGUAGCACGUCCACUGUGCAGAAGAGCAGCAACACGCUUCAGAAGGUCAGCUCGACAGGUAAAAAGAUUCGCUACAUCGAUGUAAAGGUCGAGGAGGACGACCCGCUUAUGAUUACCGAUGUAACCGAUCAUGCUUCUAUAACCGGCUCCACAAUAUCUGAGCACUACAACAGCCAUCCGCAUUAUAUCAUAACGGAAGCGCCCUCGGUGUCUGAUUUAUCUCAGAUAAGAUCCCACGAGCAUAACAUAAGUGACAUGGCUCAGUCCACCACCGGUGAGUUCGUUUCUAAUUCCGUGCUGCAAGAGUCCUCCUCAGUGCACCAGCAGAGCUCAAAGAGUGAGAUAGUUCAAUCUUCAUCUACUUCAGUACAACAUUCUAAUUCGAGUCAUAGUCAGACAUUUGAUAGAACUGUGGACUCCUCUGCUGAGAAUCAGACCCUGAACACUGCUUUUAUUGACAGUACUACGUACGAUGCUACAGGAUCCAACACCUACACCAGAAGACCUCAGGGCGCAAAUGCAACUAAUUCGUUGCUCCAAUCGGAACGCGAAAAUGCAACCAACACACAAUCUACACAACAAUCGUUUAUAUCUCGUCGAGAUAUGAAAAAUAAUUUCUCAAAAAUAACUGAUAAGAAAUUUGUUAACCAACGCGAGAAGGACACUUAUCAUUCCCCUGCUGGCUCGAAGAGAAGUCAGACCGUUAAAUCGGAUUCGAGAAACUUUUACGAAGUAGAAGGAACCUUAGAUCGGAAUAAUAAAACGACCGAAUUCAGUUCGACGAAUCAGAGAAGUGAAAAUACAAGUAGCAGUGUUACUAAAUCGUCUUCUUCCUCGUACGUCGUUGAAAUUGUUGACGGAAAAGAACGGAUUAUUGACAGUUCGAAAAGGGAGUGGGGCGAUGCUAAAGAGCACUCAUCGAAAGAAGCUUAUGCAAGUGUAAGUGGCACCAAUGUUACUCCUCAAUCCGUUCACAGCCAACAAAACUAUGAUAUGAAAUCUAAAUAUGACACUGGAAAAGACGGUGAUCAACCUAAAAGUGAAAUGACUAUUAGAGAGGACUCUAAACUCGUCAAAGAUGGAGCUCAAAUCUCUUCACACCAGAAUGUUAUUUCACAUAAGGACAAUCUCAAACAGAUUAAGUCAACUCAAGACCAGAUGUUGACGCGUGACAAUGUGCAGCACACUAACAUGACGUCACUUCAGCAGGACAAUCUUCGACAGAUUAAAUCAACACAAGACCAGAUGUCGACACGUGAUAAUGUGCAGCACUCUAACAUAACGUCACGUCAGCAUGACAAUCUUCAACAUAUUAAAUCAACGCAAGACCAGAUGUCAACCCGUGACAAUGUGCACCACACUACCACGACGUCUGACGUAUCCAACACUGUGCAAAGCAACACAAAUGUCGUUGAAAGCAGUACAUCUACUAAUGAAACUACCAGUUUACAAAGACGCAAUCAAAACACCAGGACAGAUUCCUCAAACUUCUAUGGCUAUGAUACAACAAUCCAAAAUGAACUCAGAAAAGUAGGAGAUAUUUUAGAUGUACGAGAUACGGAUAGUAUAAACUUUUCAACGAAAAUACUAAAAAGUAACACCAGUAGUGCUCAAGAGGCGUCGACAUCAUCGUAUGUGUUAGAAGUAGUCGAUGGCAAGCAAAGAAUUGUCGAUAGCUCUCACAGGGAAUGGGGAGACAGUAAGGAACUUUCAACCCAUGAAAAAAGUCAUCACGUCAGUGGUCCUGGGAUAAAGCCGGAACAUGAAUAUACUAGACAUGUGUUAGAUAAAGAAUCUUAUUAUGACACCGGCAAAGAUGGUAUACCCAAAAGUGCAACCCAUGUUGCAGAAGAAUCUGCUUUGUAUAGAGAUGGCAAAGAAAUUGCUUCCACAAGAAAUGUAUAUUCUGGAGAUUUCACAAAGAAACCUGCGAUUACAGAACCGCCUACAAGUGGAGUUGAUGAGCGAGGUAGAAUCAUAAGGGAGCCAACGGACAACACUGUGUAUUCUGAUACGCAUAAAACAACAUCAACGGACAGAAGAAGUGACAAACGUGAUGUUAAAGAUGUAACCAAAACGACGGAGUUUAUCACAAAAGAACAGCAAAACCUUAGUAAGGAAAGUACUUCAAAAUCCACUUCAGAGACUAAAGACACUCUCACCACCUAUGAGAGAAGUACAGGAACAUGGAAUGGAAAGUUUGUCUACGAGACAGAUGAUGACAGACCUAAACGCCCUAAAGAUAUGUCGCCUUUUGGUAAGCCGGAGCAACCACGUCAUCAUCUGAAGCGACAAGACACACACGACAAUAUAAUAUUGACAUCAAAAGAUAUUAAAGACUUUACAUCUAUAAGUGACUUGCGGAAAAUUAUCGAGACGUCAUCUUCGAACAAAGAUGUUACAGUGAGCAACAAAAAUAUUGUGAUUAGAAGAAAUAUUGACGAUAGGGUAUUGAAAGACAUUAUCGAAACCGUGAAGAAGUAUCCUUUCAAGAGAAUCGACAAAGUGACUUUUGGUACAAAAAUAAACGAAGACGUUAAAGAUCUUUACGAAGGUGUAGACACGGAGCAAAUAAAUGUAAUAAAGACAACCAACGCUGACUUAAUUAAAAAAUCAUACGAAAUUGAUAAAACUAGAAGUCAAGUAGAAGUAACGCGUUAUAUAACCGAAAAUGGUGUUACAAGGAAAGUAACGACUUAUGAAGAUGCUAAAGAGGACGAAAAAGUUAAAACCGAUGUUUUUGUAGACAAUAGCGAGUUAGACAUCAAAAACUUGAAGGAUGUCCGCACAGUUCGAGACGUACGGGAGUACGACGUCGUAGAUCAUGCGAUCACCGACACCACGAGACAGGACAUCGUCACCACCGUUUACGAUGAGACCAUCAUUGAUGAUAGGAAAACGGUGCGCGACGACAGGACUGUUGUCGAGAAGACCGUCUACAUUGACGAAACUAGGCCCAAACACGGCGGCCCUAAGAAACCAGAGAAACCUGUUAUUAAGGAGCAGUGCAUCUGCGAAAUCUGUACUUGUGGGCGUCACCGUUGCCCACACAACGAUGUCCCGGAGCCAUUGUUCGAUGUGGAGCACACGACGAGCGUGGUUUCCGCAUACAAACAAGAUUACGACGAGAAACAUGUCAGCCGGACUACUGCCGUUCAUCACGAAGACCAUCUCCAUCUUGAAGGGGACUUUCAAGAACCGGAGCGGCCUCGCUGGCAGCCUGUUGAACGACCCAAACCUAAAAAGCCCGAGGAUAAUCUCAGACCUGAAGGAGAAUUCGAGAGACCGCGUCCGGAAGAAUGGAAACCAGGUGAGAGAGCACCCGUUAGGCGCCCAGAAGAUAAUUUAAAACCGGAAGGAGAUUUUGAAAGACGGCAGCCCAAAGAAUGGCAACCUGGUGACCGUGCUCCAAUUCGUCGACCUGAAGACAACUUAAAACCUGAGGGAGAAUUCGACACUCCCACAAAAGAGCCAUGGAAACCUGCUGAAAGACAAAAACCCAGAAAGCCAGAGGAUAAUUUACGCCCAGAAGGCGACUUUGAAAAGCGACAACCUGAAGAUUGGCGUCCCGGUGAAAGAGCUCCUGUGCGACGUCCCGAAGAUAACUUGAAACCUGAGGGUGACUUCGAAAAUAGAAGACCACAGGAAUGGGCACCUGGUGAUAGAGCUCCUGUUCGUCGUCCAGAAGACAAUCUAAAACCUGAAGGUGAGUUUGAGAAAAGAAGACCAGAAGAAUGGCGCCCGGGAGAUAGGGCUCCGAUACGUCGUCCCAAUGACAAUCUCAGGCCUGAGGGUGAUUUUACAACACCCGAAAAAGAGUCUUGGCGACCAGCGGAACGUGCUACACCUAAGAAACCUGUUGAUAAUUUAAGACCUGAAGGUGAAUUUGAAAAACGUCAACCAGAUGAUUGGCGCCCUGGUGACCGUGCACCAGUACGUCGUCCCGAAGAUAACCUAUAUCCAGAAGGAGAUUUUGAAAAACGAAGACCUGAAGAAUGGCGUCCCGGAGAUAGGGCCCCCGUUCGUCGACCGGAUGAUAACUUGAGGCCGGAAGGCGAAUUUAUGACUCCAGAAAAACAACCUUGGAGACCAGCAGAAAGACAAAAACCCAGAAAACCAGAAGAUAAUUUAAAACCAGAGGGAGAUUUUGAGAAAAGGAAACCCGAAGAAUGGUAUCCAGGUGACAGAGAACCGGUUCGGCGUCCAAAAGACAACCUUAAACCUGAAGGAGAGUUUGAAAAGAGAAAACCCGAGGAAUGGCAGCCGGGCGAUAGGGCACCAGUACGACGUCCACAUGAUAAUCUUAGACCCGAGGGAGAUUUCGAAACACCUGAGAAAGAACCGUGGAGGCCAGCAGAAAGGCAAAAGCCGAAAAAACCAGAGGAUAAUCUGAGGCCAGAGGGUGAUUUUGAAAGGCGCAAACCGGAGGAGUGGCGUCCUGGUGAAAGAGAACCAGUGCGGAAACCUGAAGACAAUUUGAAGCCAGAGGGCGAGUUUACAACACCCAAAAAAGAUGAAUGGAAACCCGCUGAAAGACCGGUACAAAAGAAACCUACAGAUAAUCUUAAACCUGAAGGAGAAUUCACUAAACGUCAACCGGAGGAAUUUGUACCAGCCGAAAAAUCAAUUGUCAAAAAACCGAAAGAUAACUUACAUCCCGAAGGCGAAUUUACUACUAGGAGAACAAUAGAAGAAGAUUAUAAAGUAGUCAUUGGAGAAAGGGCCGAAAUUAUAAGACGUACGGACAACAUCAUAAUGGAAGGUGAAUUCACAGAUACCACCACAUCGAGAACAGAGUAUACGGUGAAACCUGUUGAAAGACCAAAACCGGUGCGGCGAAACACUUGGACUAAAAUUGAAGGAGACAUGACGACCGACACUACUUCAAAAUCUGAAUUUAUAGACUACACUGACACAGUCGAGAGAACUACCUUGGUCACUCGAAAAACAGAUAAUUUAAUAAGAGAAGGUGAAAUAGAAUUUAUAACUUCAAACCAAAAUGAUUACACCGAAAAGAAUGCUAUUGUUGAACGUCCUCAUCGUCGUCGUACAUGGACAAAAGAAGAUUUUGAUAAGUUUUACUCUACCGAAAAUACAGAAACAGUUACGACAUCACAAGAGGAGUAUAAAACGUAUGAGAUAAUUGAUGUCAGACGAAAGAAGAUUAAACCUAGCGAUAACUUAAAACCAGAGGGCGAUUUUGAAACACCACAAAUAGACGACUGGCGUCCUGCAGAAAGGCAAAAACCCAAAAAGCCACAGGAUAAUCUAAAGCCAGAAGGUGACUUUACGACUCCUAAAAAAGAUGUGUGGAUACCCGCCGAACGUCCAACUCAAAAGAAACCCCAAGACAACUUAAAACCUGAGGGCGAAUUCGAACAACCUAAGCAUGACGAGUGGCGUCCAGCAGAGAGGCAAACAGCGAAGAAGCCACUUGAUAAUUUAAGACCUGAAGGUGAUUUUACGACUCCCGAAAAGGACCAAUGGAGACCAGCUGAACGCCCGACGCAAAAGAGACCGAAGGAUAAUUUGAAACCAGAAGGAGAUUUUGAACAACCUAAACAUGAAGAAUGGCGUCCAGCUGAUAGACAAACACCUAAAAAGCCACAAGACAAUUUAAGACCGGAAGGCGAAUUUACAACUCCUGAGAAGGAUCAAUGGCGACCUGCUGAGCGUCCGACGCAAAAGAGACCGAAGGAUAAUUUGAAACCGGAAGGAGAUUUUGAGCAACCCAAACAUGAUGAGUGGCGUCCUGCUGACAGACCAACUGCUAAAAAACCAGAAGACAACUUGCGACCUGAAGGUGAAUUCACGACUCCUGAGAAGGAUCAAUGGCGACCUGCUGAGCGUCCGACGCAAAAGAGACCGAAGGAUAAUUUGAAACCGGAAGGCGAAUUUGAACAACCUAAGCACGAUGAAUGGCGUCCAGCUGACAGGCAAACACCCAAGAAGCCACAAGACAAUUUAAGACCAGAAGGCGAAUUUACAACUCCUGAGAAGGAUCAAUGGCGACCUGCUGAGCGUCCGACGCAAAAGAGACCGAAGGAUAAUUUGAAACCGGAAGGAGAUUUUGAGCAACCCAAACAUGAUGAGUGGCGACCUGCUGACAGACCAACUGCUAAAAAACCAGAAGAUAACUUGCGACCAGAAGGAGAAUUCACAACUCCUGAGAAGGACCAUUGGAAACCAGCUGAGCGCCCCAGUCAAAAGAAACCUAAGGAUAAUUUAAAACCAGAGGGUGAUUUCGAAAAGCCAAAAUACGAUGAAUGGCGUCCUGCUGACAGACAAAAGCCUUCUAAACCACAAGAUAACUUACGACCAGAAGGGGAGUUUACCACCCCUGACAAGGGCCACUGGCAACCGGCAGAGCGUCCAAUUCAAAAGAAGCCAAAAGAUAACCUAAAGCCGGAAGGGGACUUUGAACAGCCUAAACAUGAAGAAUGGCGACCAGCAGACAGGCCUACACAAAAGAAACCCCAAGAUAAUCUUAAGCCGGAAGGUGAAUUUGAACAACCGAAGCAAGACCAAUGGCGCCCGGCAGAGCGUCCCAUUCAAAAGAAACCUAAAGAUAAUCUUAGACCUGAAGGAGACUUUGAACAACCUAAGCAAGAUAAAUGGAAACCUGCUGAAAGACAAACUGCCAAGAAACCAAAGGAUAACUUAAAACCAGAAGGUGAUUUUACUAAACCCGAGAAAGAUCAUUGGCAACCUGCUGAAAGACCAGUUCAAAAGAAACCCAAAGAUAACUUGAAACCAGAAGGGCAAUUCGAACAACCGAAAGUCGAUGAAUGGAAACCAGCGGAAAGACAAACUCCCAGGAAACCUAAAGAUAAUCUGAAACCAGAAGGUGAUAUGGAGGUAAUUCGUAGGACUGAUUAUUCGGUGACACGAGGAGAUCGUGUCGACGUAGUAAAACAUGAGGAUCAUUUGAAAAUGGAGGGUAAAAUUGAUAUCCACCGUUCACGGGACGACUAUAAGCGUAUAGAAAAGACUGAGAAGGUUGUGAUACAAAAGCACGAAGAUAAUUUAAGGACUGAAGGUGAAUUUAUUGAUCUUUACACUCGGGAUGACUACCGUGCUACUAAAGGCGACAGAGCACCUGUUGUUAAGCCACAAGAUAAUCUAAAACCGGACGGUAAAUUGUAUACGCCUGAAGCAAUUCCAUCACAACCUGCAGAAAAACGUAAACCGUUUAAGCACUUUGACAACAUUACUAUUGAUAGGGAUGUCAGGCAAAAUGUUGAACGAGUCGAUAUUAUAAGAAGGGAAGAUAACUUAAAAAUUGAAGGAGAAUUUAUCGACAUGAAACAAAGAAAUGAUUAUAAGGUGGUUACAGGAGAAAAAACUGCCAUUGUUAAACAUGAAGACAAUCUUAAAAUGGAAGGGAAAAUGGAAAACAUUAGAUCUUCCGAUACCUACAGAGUAGUAAAAGGUCAAAGAGUAAAAUUAACGCGUAGAGAAGAUAAUCUUAAAAUUGAAGGAGUUUUCGAAGACUACGCGAGACGAGAUGAAAAAGAUAUAAAGAAAACAGAUAAGAAGGCUAUUGUUUAUUAUUCUGAUAAACCUAAAGAAGAGUAUGCUGAUACUGAUAAACCACAUGAUAGUACUUACACCCAAAUUAAACAUUCUGUAUACACAGAAAAUGAUUUGAAAAAUGAUAGUACGUAUAAGACCACUCGAAUUGUUGAAGAUAACGUUUAUUCUAAGCAGCUUGGAACUGACGAGAGAAAACCCGACGGAAGAUUUCCAAAAGAUGGUCAAGUAAGACCAGGCUCACCUGAUCGUACAAAAGAUAAUCGUCACCCGAAUAAAGAAUUUCCAGACAGGCCUAAAACUGGAGUCCAUGAUAGAGAUUCGCCUUCACAGCAUCGUCCUCAAGAUAAACUUCAUCCCGAAGGUAAGUACCCGGAUAGACCGAAAUCCCACUGGCAGCCAGGUGACAGACCAGAACAGGUUCGCCCUAAAGAUAAUCUUCAUCCUGAAGGCCAAUUCCACCAACAACCCAAAACACAAUGGCAGCCAUGUGACAGACCAGAACAGGUUCGCCCUAAAGAUAAUCUUCAUCCUGAAGGCCAAUUCCACCAACAACCCAAAACACAAUGGCAGCCAGGUGACAGACCAGAACAGGUUCGCCCUAAAGAUAAUCUUCAUCCAGAAGGCCAAUUCCACCAACAACCUAAAACACAAUGGCAGCCAGGUGACAGACCAGAACAGGUCAGACCUAAAGAUAAUCUUCGUCCUGAAGGCCAAUUCCACCAACAACCUAAAACACAAUGGCAGCCCGGAGAAACUCCUUCCCAAGUGCGCCCCAAGGAUAACUUAAAAACAGAAGGUGACUUUGAUCGUCCAUCAAGACCCAAAUGGGAGCCAGUAGACAAAUCCACCCCAAUAAAACCAAAGGAUAAUUUAAAAACGAUAACAGAUAUUGAUAAAUAUCCUAGAACUCCGGAAAGGACAGAAAAUCAACCGAAAAGUCCAACCCAAUAUAAUCAAAAAGACACUGCAUAUUAUGAUGUUUCAAAGCAAUCUUCACAACAAGUUGUAGAUUCAAAGUCAGUCACAAGAACUGACAAUGCGACAUAUAAUGAAAGUGUUAAGAAAAGUGAAAUAGAAAAGCAAGUAAAACAGUCUGUUUCACAAAAUGUACAAAACGUAACUCAUACUGAACAUUCUACAACAAAACACACUCAUACAGGACAGAUUAAGCACACGAUCAGGAGUCAAGAUGUAACAGAUCGUGCCGGCUCGCAAAAUAAUUUAGAUCGGGUAGCUCCUCAUAAAACUGUUCAAAAUACGAUGAACGGAUCUGUCCGAAAUAAUUUAGAACAUAAUAAGACAGAUGUACGAAACAUUAAAAAUGUAUCUUCUACUACAAAGGUAAUUAAACAAAUCAAAGAAAAGAAAUUAAUAGCAGGCAAGUGGGUAACUGUUACACGAAAUGUGGAAACGAACGUCAUAUCCGGAGCAGAUACGGACAAUAACACAAAGAGAAUAAGGGAUGACCGCACCUCGUCUCCGAUUACAUCUCCACCCAGUGAUACUAAUCAAAGCAUUGUCACAUCGGACCGCGUGGACAGUUCGACACAUUCUCAUCAACGACAGAGUUUUGAUGCUACAGAUGAUCAAACUAGGCGAGUAGUUUCGAGUAAGACACACAUUACGAAAGGAAGCCAAGAAGAACGCUACACGAAACACUCGACUGAACAUUCAGCUUCCGACAGCCACAUAACCCAUCGUCAACAGCGAGGUGAUAGCGCACAAAGAAUUAUUUCUUCACAGGAACAUUCCUCUAGCCAAAAUCGCGCUUCAUCGGAAAGUCGCAAUCAUGAGAAUUUAAAUACUACACACGUUAUACAUGGAAGCCGGAUUAAUCAGAGCCAGUCGCAAUCGAAUCAACAGCAGCACCUGUCCACCGGCAGCACCGUGUAUCGCCACGUAGAUGGAGAGAACACUCACCACGCACAACAAACUUUGACAUCUGGCCACGUUGCUACUACUCAACAUCAUGUGAAUUCUCAGCAACAUAUUAAUCAACAAUCGACUCAACAAAGAGUUGUUGGAAGUUCAACUAACGUUAUAACUUCAAGUCAAGUAAACCAAGCGAGGUCAUCACAACAUGUUAGCACGUCGAACAGAAAUCAUUUAAGUGAUAGCGUAACAAAAACAAGUAUUGAAUUCCAACGGGCCAUGCACGGCGGCGGCGACGUUACCCCGGCGCCGAUAGACAGCUCAACACGUAGCGGAUACCACAAAAGAACAUCCGAUCUAGUCUCUGAUUCAACAAGCACCAACGCAGUUUUGCAUCGCAAAGGUGUGUCGUCCACUAACGAAGCUCAACACUCCAUCAGCUCGACCGCAGCGUCCCAGCGUAAGAGCAUCGGGAACCUCAAUGAACGAGGAGAAUACAUCAGCAAUUCUACUCACAGCAGCGACAGAAAAAGCAUAAGUUCGAUGCAUCGCUCCGCACGCGACAGCACAUUUGUAAUUACACAGCACACUGAUAAUACUGACACACGUCGUACUCAAAGGCGUGAUGGUCAAUCGACAACGGUAGUGGAGCGCCAACCGCGUGUUACCGUCAGAGACAAUCUUCGUGUCGGGGGUGAAUUUUAUGGACAAUCCGAAUCGCGCUAUGGUAACUUUUCUCGAACGGAGCAAUCCCAGAGAGCCGAGAAGAGUGAACGUGUGGAUCGUGUGGAAAGAGUGGCGCGGCAUGGAAACACGUCGCACUUCGUGCUGGGAGACGGCAGCAGCAGCUAUAAGCGAGAAUUCACGGCGCACGUACAUGGCACCUGCCCCGCAACCACGCUACAGUCGCCCUCAACGCCCUUCAAACAUACACGCGAUUCACGCGAACAUAAAUUUUAUGCCUCAAAAGUAACACAUUAACUCCAUAAUAUUUAUGUAUCUACUCGAAAACUCUUAUUAUUGCAUUCCUUAUUCGAUUUCGCUUUUAUAUUUGAAAACAUAUUUAACUAUGAAAUAGCUAUUUUAUUAAUAAAAUGCAAUCUAACAUUGCUAGUCUAUACAUUUUUAUUUGAUACCUUCUAUGUUAUAGCUUAGAACGCAAUAUAAUAACGUAAAAUUGUUAUAUUCUAUUU